AUGCUCUCUCCCUGCCCCCCUUCCCCAGACGCCGCGAUGCCCGGCCCUUGGUUUCUGCUUGCCAUGGCUUUAACCCUGACCCUGACCCUGACUGGUGUCCCCGGCGGCUGCGCACAGCCGGAGGUGGCCCAGCAGGAAGCGGCUUUGACCGCGGAGCAACAGGGCCUGGACGACCUCCUGCGACAGGCGGAGCGCCUCCUCCUCCUCCGGGAAGACCUCCAGCGACUGCGAGAGGACCAGGACGAUAGCGAGUCAGAGUCCCAGAUCUUGCAACCUGAUUGGCUCUCCAAGCGUCAGCAUCCAGGCAAAAGGGAGGAGGAAGCAGAAGAAGGAGUUGAAGAGGAAGAAGAAGAAGGAGGGGCUGUGGGACCCCACAAACGGCAGCACCCUGGCCGGCGGGAGGAUGUGGCUGCGUGGUCAGUGGAUGUAAGCCCGCAGAAGCGGCAGCACCCUGGCCGGCGCUCUUCCUGGCUUGGGUACACUCUCACCAAGAGGCAGCACCCAGGCAGACGGCUGGUGGAUCCCAAGGCCCAGAGGAGCUGGGAAGAGGAGGAGGAGGAGGAAGAGGAGGAGGAGGGAGAGCUGAUGCCUGAGAAACGCCAGCAUCCCGGAAAGAGGGCCCUAGGAAGCCCAUGCGGGCCCCGGGGAUCCUGUGGUGAAGGCAGCCUUCUGCUGGGCCUCCUGGGAGACCUGAGCAGGGGCCAGGGAGCUGACGAGAAGCGGCAGCACCUUGGGCGGCGAGCUGCCUGGGCCAGGGAGCCCCUGGAGGAGUGAGCCCCGUUUCCUGUAAA